AUGGGAAGCAAAGCUGUUGACCAACAGGUCCACGUCCAGGCGGAUCCCACACACAGCAUGAAAAGCCUCCGUACAGACGAGAACAGUAAAUCGACGAGUCUGCCGUCGCCUCCUUCUUCUGUGAAGGCCACUGAGUCGGAAAGCGGUCGCAAUGAGAACGGCUCGCAUCCUGGGGAGGUUGCUGCAGGCGAGCCACCCGUCAGCGGAAGCUCUGCUGGUGCCCAUGGAGUCGCCAAUGCAGUUGAUAUGGUGAAUGACGAACAUCCCAGUGGGCAGCCGUCCAAUGAUCCCGUACAGAAAGGGACAAAUCCUCAAGACCAUGACGAAUCAUCCGGAAAGGAACUCGAUGACAUGAUCGAAGACAUAUAUGACAAUACUCUACGUCCUCGGCUUAAUCUGCGGACACUUCAAGAACGCAUCAAGAAAGGCCCGAAACGUGCCGUACAGCAAAUGGACUACACAAGGCUCAUGGAAGAUAGGAUGAUAGAUAUGGAGAAAAGACUGCGAAUGAUCGAGAAAAAAGGGGUGGAAUCGGAACCACCUACUCCUCCGCCCGAAGAGACAAAUCCGCCUACUGACUUGAUCAUGGAUAUCAAGCGAAUGACCUUUCAGGAGUAUCUGCCGAUUGAUCCGAGCCCAGGACUCAAAGCGACAGGUGCUUUAAAACCCCUUGAGCAUAAGCGCCGAGACGAGUUUCCAGGUCAAUUGCCUUACCACCUCAUCGACGUUGUUGUUAGCGCUGUAAAUCAGCCCGAGCGGCUGGGUAAAGAUCAGGUGACCAAGCGAGCAGCAGGCUCACUUGAUCAUGCUGCUCCUGGCCCUGCUAUCCUAGAUCAAGACUCGACGGUUAAUGAUCUACAUUUGGCCCAGCCUGAACGCGUUCGCAUCAACUCGACUUUGCUGCUUGACGCCCUCGAGAAAAUUACAGGCAUGACAUUUAGCAAAGCACGCGUUGAUGACGAGCUCGAGUUGCAAGAUCAAGUCAUACUGAGACCGUUCAAGCUAUUUGUGACCUUCGAGCAAGAAAUCAGGGACGAAAUAGAUCGACUAGAGAAAAUACACAAGCACAAUGGCAAUGAAAGCAAGCCAGAAGCACCCGAGACAACCUUGAGCGAGGGCCAAAAAUCGCCGCCGCCAUCCACGGAUGUCUUGCACAACAUGCCCGAGUUAUCAAGUCGAGAACACUUAGACGGUCUGAAGAAUAACAAUUCUCAGAACACUGCAACAGAUGCCUUAACUGAUGGGAGAUACGAAAAACUACCUCCAUUGGAAUCGAGACGAUGUCUCGAAGAAAUGCACGUCUUGAAAGAGCUACUAGACAAAGAUCUGAAACCGACGUUUGACCUACGCAGACAAAUCAAAGACGGUUUGACCCGGAGUAUCGCCUUUCAAGACCUCUGGCAUCUCUUUCCACUGGGAACUGAAAUUGUCUCUAAUGGUUCCGAUGGGCAAAAUCAGACAUACCGUAUUGUGAAUGUCUCCGGGGGUAGACCCUUUCUUUGCAGCAGAUAUCAGGCAGAUAUGGAUCCAUUAGGACCACUCUUGAAUGGGAGAGAAGUGCCCAAGUUCGAGAUGCUGAGUUACUUCUAUGAUUUUGAUGGGAAGGAACUUGGUGCAUGUCAGAAAUUGCAUACCAUCAAGUCUUACGAUGGCAACAAGGCGAUCACAUCCCUACCAUGUUUUCCAGUCAUCUACUGGAAAGCUUCUCGGGGGCUGAAACCUCGCGACCUCUUCAUUGAAAGAGGCAGACGAUUUAUCGAGUUGACGCGCAAAACGGACGUCGUGCAUAAGAGGUAUGAUGGUCGGACUCUGGCCAUGGAUGAACUUAGAGAAGAGGUCGACUCUGAAGUGAUAAUAGAUGUCAGUAUGGCUUUGUUAAAGAACAACUUGGUUGUAAUUUGGGGUCUUUCAGAAGAGCUGGAGCCAGACCGCCGCGAGACUUUGGAGUUCCUAGAUCCCAGGUGCUCGCAGGAGGGAUGUUGCCAGAAUUCUCCGAUUCACAGAGACGACGAAGUAGAUCGAAAGCGUAAUGUCAAAAUGCUAGAGAACAAGGGCUUUAUGCGCGACUUCAUUGAGUCCGACAACGAGCUGACCGAAGAAGACUAUCUAGUGUGCCCCUGUUGGGUUUAUGGCUAUGUGCUGAGGAGUCGCAAAUGGGUGAAGCUGGAGGUGAGUCUGGUUGAAGAUAUCAAGGAUCGUGGGAGCGGCUUCGACUCUCUGGUCCUUCCCGAUGGGCACAAAGAAACCUUGCUGGCUCUAGUCCAGACUCACUCUAAGGGCAAAAAGCUCGAGAUCGGUCUCAAGGCAGAGAACCGGCAGAUGGACCUCGUGCGUGGUAAAGGUAAGGGUCUGAUCAUCUUGCUACACGGGGAGCCUGGUGUGGGAAAAUCAUCCACUGCCGAGUCUGUAGCAGAAUUUACGCGCAGACCACUGUUCCAAGUCACGUGUGGUGAUAUUGGCGAGUCUGCAGACGAAGUUGAGAGGAGGCUGGAGAAUCACUUUCAGCUCGCUCACAAAUGGGGUUGUGUGUUGUUAUUAGACGAAGCCGAUGUGUUUCUUGAAGCGAGGAGUAAGACUGAUCUCAAACGCAAUGCAAUUGUCUCGGUGUUUCUCAGAGUUCUCGAAUACUACUCCGGCAUUCUCUUCCUCACCACCAACCGUGUUGGGUCCUUUGACCAAGCUUUCCGUAGUCGGAUCCAUAUGAGCCUCUUCUAUCCUCGGAUCGAGGAAGAUGCAACCAUCAAGAUCUGGGAGAUGAACAUCGACCGGGCUCGCGAGAUCUGGGGCGACAAGCUCUCCAUCGACGAGGUCGAUCGCAAGGGUAUUCUCAAGUUCGCGUCUAAGCAUUACAAGGAACUGGCGGAGUCGGAAACCACGUGGAACGGCCGACAGAUCCGUAAUGCCUUUCAGACUGCCAUCGCUCUGGCGGAGUGGGACGCUUAUCAAAGCCAGCUCAAGUUCAAGUCGCCAGUCCCGCUCAAGCCGAGGCUAGAACCGGGGCAUUUUGAGCAGGUGGCGAAGGCGUCGAAGCAUUUCGACGCCUAUCUGAAGGAGACUCAGGUUGGAACUAUGUCGGAUUUGGCGAGCGAUAAUCGUGAGCGCAGGGACGACUUCCGCGGAGCGGAGUCUUGA